CUUCUUUUCAUUUUCGCGUUUAGACUCGUCUUGUUUCGUCUCUGUUUGUGUACAUCCCUGUCCUCCUGUCGUUGGCCCUGUCCCAAAUGGCGCACUUCAUGCGGACUUUCGGUCUCGUGGACUUAAAUUGCGCGUGCUCGCUGAGUCUACGAGUCCGUAGGCCGUCCCAUUUAGCAUUUUAACGCUCUGAAGUGUGCUCAGCAGCGCCCCCUUUGUACCCUUGAAGCGGUCUUCCGCGAAGCCCGCAUAGAUCCAGGCUUCACGCACUUCAAGUACCCAGGAGUCCUUGCGAAAGGCCAAUCAGACAACUGGUGUGAAGAGCGCUUUCGCUCACGGACACAGACAAUUGAUAACAUGGCUGAGAAGAAAAUAUUUAAGUGGAGACGGCGAGCAUGGAUCACCGCUGUGCGAAGAGAGGCUUGGCAGCCAGGCAAGAAUUCAAGGAUCUGUAGCACUCACUUCGUUACAGGUGCGCCAUCAGUGGACCCAUGCCAUCCAGAUUAUGUUCCAUCAAUUUUCGCUCAUAAAAACACCAUUGAUGGUUCACAGAAGUUGGAGCGAUACCAGAGGAGACAGAGGAGACCAUCUGUGGUUGAGUCUAUGGAUUCACCUUCCUUAGAGGUCACCCAUGCUGACCCUGAAGAAGGAUGCACUGCUGUGGGUACAGAUCUGUCAAUGGCAGACAUUGACCAGCUACAAAAUGAAAAUGUUGAAUUAAAAAGAAAAAUGGCUUCACUGGAGAAGAAACUGGAAUCUCAAGAAAAACGACUACAAGAUCAUAUUGGCAGUCCGUCCGAUUUUAUUUUAAAUGAUGACAAGCACACUCAUUUUUACACUGGUCUACCAUCUGCUUCUGUGUUCUUCACCCUCCUCACUUACCUGACAACAACAUGUAACGCAUCAUCAACCAUAUUUACCCUUCCCGAGCAGUUUCUUGUGGUCCUGAUUAAGCUUCGCCUAGGCUUAACUCAUCAAGACCUCGCUUUUCGCUUCAGAGUGAGUUGUGGAACUGUCUCAAACAUCUUUCAUGAAUGGCUCGAUGUAAUGGCUAAAGAGUUACAAUGCCUUGUCCGGUGGCCAUCCAGGAAAGAUAUCAGAAGAAAUCUCAGCACCCUCUUCAAGACUACAGGUUUCCAACAAGUUAGAUGUAUAAUAGACUGUACUUAAGUGUUCAUUGAGAGGCCAACUAGUUUGCAAACACGGGCAGUCACAUACUCCGACUACAAAUCACAUAAUACUGUGAAGUUCCUUGUUUUUAUUAGUCCAACAGGAGCUAUUACAUUUUUAUCAAAAGUCUGGGGUGGUCGUGCUAGUGACAAGGUUAUAACAAAAAAUUCAGGGUUAAUUGACCUUCUUGAACAAGGAGACCAUGUAAUGGCUGAUCGAGGCUUCAAUUUUCCUGAAUAUUUUGCCACCAAAUGUGUUCGUCUUCUUGUACCAGCAUCUACAAAGGGAAGAAAACAAUUGACAGGAUUAGAGGUGACACACUCUAGAAAAAUGUCCCGAGUGAGAAUCCACGUGGAAAGGGCCAUAGGAAAACUGAAGACAUUCAGAAUUCUGCGGAACACCCUGCCAGUCAGUAUGGUCAACCGGAGAAAUGAUAACAGUCUUUGCACAAUAGAUAAAAUAUUAAUUGUUUGUGCAGCACUUUCAAAUCUGGGGAAACCACUUGUACCAAAAUAAAGCAGGACUUAACCACAACUUAAAGGGAUAGUUCACCUAAUAACCCUCAUGCCGUUCCAAACCUGCAAGACCUUUGUUCAUCUUUGGAACACAAAUUAAGCUAUUUUUAAUUACUUAGGCUGUCAAUGGAGGGACAGAAAGCUCUCGGAUUUCCUCAAAAAUGUGUUCUGAAGAUGAUCAAAGGUCUUACAGGU